AUGGUUGAGCGUGUGGUGAAGGCCGACGCCGGCUGGUACACUCUGUCAGCCAUUAACGAGGCCGGGAUGUCCACCUGCCACGCCCGCCUCGACGUCAGCGCUCGCAGUACUCCUACGAUGAAGACAGCGCCCCCUGGUUCCAAGACGUUGAAGUUGCUGUCGUCCUUGAGCCACGUCUCGGCGAGCGACGCGGGUCAAUCACACACGGCGCCGCUGUACGAGAGCGAGGAGCUGUGA